AUGAUACGGAACGGCAAGAACAUCUAUGACUUUGUGGAUCCUGAUAUUGAAUCAAAACUCGCUGCACUGGAAGAGGAGGAGGAAAAACUGGAGGCGGAGGGAUAUUACGACUCCGACGAGAGCGUCGAAGACGCAGAAGAAGCCAAUAUCCGCAUGAAAGCAGAUCUCAUUCGCGAGAAACAGCAGCUGAUCCGCAACGCGUCCAAGAUGCGCAAAUCGCUCAAGAACCGCGCGUUGAUCCCCCGCAGCGCCAAGGCCCGCAAAUUGUCUGAAAUGCAAUCACAUCUGGAAUCGAUCGGAUUCGACGCAGCGUCUGCAUCUACCCGUGUGCAAGGGCAGACGCAGUCUCAGACACAGUCCCGAGGCCGGGGACUUACCCGAAGCGACAUGGAGAUUGCAGAUGCUAUGGAUAUCGAUGGCAGUGGCGACGACCGGAACGCCACACGCCAGGAGUUGCUUCAGCGAGCCAAGAGCCGGGCUCGCAGCCAGGCGCCGGCCAACCGACUCGUGGACGGCAUAACUGACAUGAAGUCUCGAAGCAAGGCGGAUAAAAUGGCGAAGUUAGCACAGAUCAAGAUGAAUCGGAUGGCGAGACAAGGCGAGGCGGACCGACAUACAACCGCUUCUUUGCCGAAACAUUUGUUCUCUGGGAAACGUGGCAUGGGCAAGACUCAACGACGCUGA